UCGGCAGUUCGGGCGUCACGAAUCUUGGGGUAGGCAGGCGCCCAUGGCCAUGGCUCGCGGAGGCGUUGCUUGCCGCCUCGUCUUUUCCUCUGCGUUUCUGGCUCUCACCGUUGCAGCACCGCCCACGCAUUUGCUUGCGGUGAUGGGUUCAAUCCCGGCUUUCUUUUCUGCCUUUUUUUUCUUUCUUCUUUUGUUUCUUCCCCUUCCUCCCCCCAUGUUCCUCUGCGUUCGUUUGUUUUCGAAAAGAGAGCGCGUGUGGUAUGGCUGCCGAAUUCCUUUCGGCGGCUCCCUUGCCGCAUAUAUAAGGAAGCGAGGAAUUUUUUCCGGGGCAGACUGGCCAAAUCUUUCCGCUCACUUUGGAGGAGGAGGAGGGGCACCGCCGAUGGAUUGGUCCUUCGCCACCAGGGCCGGCGCCACGCCGGCGGUCAUGUCUUUCAGGUCGGCGGCCCGGGAGGAACAGGGGGAGCCCGCGUUCCCCCAAUUCUCCUCCUUCGAUGGCGCUAACAAGCAGCAGUCCUCUCGUGUCCUGACGCCACAGAGAUCAUUUGGUGCCGAGAGCCACGGCAGCCCGCAGUACGCCGCUGUCCGUGGUGCUUAUGCCGGACAGCCUCCGGCGCAGCAGCAUCAACAUCAGCAGCAUGUUCUUAAUGCUGCUAGAGUGGUUCCUGUGUCGUCGUUCAAUCCUAACAAUCAGGUGUUCAGGGUCCAGAGUUCGCCUAACCUACCGAAUGGCGUCGUUGGUAGUGGUACGUUCAAGCAGCCACCUUUCGCAAUGAGUAAUGCGGUCGCUGCUUCUACCGUUGGCGUGUAUAGAUCAAGGGACACGCCAAAGCCGAAGACGGCGCAAUUAACUAUCUUUUAUGCUGGCUCUGUCAAUGUAUUCAACAACGUCUCAGCAGAGAAGGCUCAGGAACUUAUGUUUUUAGCUAGCAGAGGAUCUCUUCCAAGUGCACCCAGUGCUGUUGCUCGCAGUCCAGAUGCAACUUUUUUCUCUCCGGCUAAAGUCGUGGCACAUGAGGUUUCACCUCCAAAGCAGAUGCAACUUCAGAAACUACAGCAUGUUUCGCCUCCUGUGUCAGGUGUUUCCAAACCGAUCUGUGCAGCAUCUCAAGCUGCAUGUCUCUCCAAGAGCGCCUCUAGUUCCAACAUCGACUCCACAGUGCCAAAAUCUUCAAGUCCAUUGGCUGUGCUUCCCAUAAGUCAAUCACCGUCAACUCACCCCGUGACACUAGCCGCUACCACUGCUGCAGCUAUUAUGCCAAGAGCUGUUCCUCAAGCUCGGAAGGCAUCCCUUGCCCGGUUCUUGGAGAAACGGAAAGAAAGAGUGACAACUGCUGCGCCGUAUCCAUCAGCAAAGAGCCCGAUGGAGAGCAGUGACACGGUCGGGAGCGCCAACGACAACAGCAAGUCAUCAUGCACAGACAUUGCCUUCUCAAGCAACGCCGACGAUUCACUGUGUUUAGGCCGGCCCAGGAACAUCAGCUUUAGUGGGCAGUCCCCAAGUACAAGACUACAGAUCUGAUCUGAUCAUCUUCCGAUGUCCAUAGAUUCGGCGAUGCUGACUAACGCAAAGCCGUAAAAACUUUUGCACUCAGGCGAGGAGGGCUCAAGAGAAAGACAUGAUACAUGUUAUUGAUCCUGUUCUUAUUAUUGUUUAUGAUGUAUUUUCCUUGGCUAGCUCACCGUAAUGCUGGUCUAGAUGGUGUAAACCCACCCAACUAACAAGAGAGCUGUCAGUUGCAGACCCUUGAUUGUUAAUUUUUUUUUUUGGCCAUUGCACCAUUGUAUUGCAGAAAGAAAUAUGUUAAUUUAGCAGUAUCAAACUAUAGGCUUACAUUUGUACUGUACUUCUAUUUUCUUUAUGAACUUACAAAGCUGCAGAAUGCAAGAGCUCAUGUUGCAUACUUCGUUUUA